GCCACAUAGGCCAACAGUUACAAUUACUUGUGACGUACAGCCGGAUUGCAUGGAUAUUUAGUUACCGUGACGUCACAGAGCACGCGCGGUUAUGAUUGAUGACGGGGAAAGGUGUAGGGUCUGACAGGCGUUCGGGGAAGGCCAGUGCUGAAGUGUCGGUGGUAGUGACCGCAUUGGGAGUAUACAGACGACAAAUACCUAUACAACUCAUACCUGUAGACUACUGGAGGAAAUAAUGACCGGUCGUAACACUACACACUGACAGUCGGGAUCGGGAGCCAGGCACAUACAACAAAUACUAGUUAGAGUGGUGUCGCAGGACUAAAACGGAAUAACUCUACCGUGAUGUCGUCUACAGACGAUACAGAGAAACAAGUGUCUCCGGCAAUGCCGAAAACGGCGGUUCCGGAAAUAAGAAUAGAACAUGAGAAGUCAGAAACAAACCUGGAAUCGGACCCAAAUAAAUUCCAAGUGUCGCAUGUAAAGGAACGGAAAAUAUCUGGGAAAGAACCAAGUUUGACGGGAAUUUCGGAGGACGGUUCUGUACCAGAGGAAACUGGGAGGAUAAGAAAAGUAUCCAUAAUGGUGGGUCCAGAGGGCGAGCCAAUUCGGCACUACAUCCCUGCCCGCAAGAUAUCCUCUUCGGAACACCACUUUCUUACCCCUUACGGCCGGGCCGCCGCACCCGGCCGGAAGUCAUCUAUGGACGCCUUCUUCGUACAGCAGCAUCAGCGCAUGUCGGUGGUGUCUGUUAUGAGUUCGAACCAGGACACAUUUGAAGCACUUCCGCACGUUGACCAUUACCGGGACCUAUUCUCUGUAUUCCCUAACGACGACGUGCGUCAAAGACCCACCUUAGACGAACUCAGGGACGAGGAGCCGACAAGCCCACGGACACCUAAUACCCCAUCGAUCAAGGACGGACUAUUCGCUGAUGAACUGAAGGACGUGGAGGACGGCCCCAAACCCUCCCCCAGACCAUCGGUGACGUCUGGGGCACUCAAGUUUGGCUGGAUACAAGGUGUACUGGUGCGAUGUCUACUGAAUAUUUUUGGUGUGAUGCUGUUCCUGAGGCUGACGUGGGUGACGGGCCAAGCGGGGAUAGGACUAGCCUCGAUCGUGGUCCUCCUGUCCGCCUUCGUCACAAUCAUCACCACAACCUCCAUGUCCGCUAUAUGUACCAACGGUGAGGUAAAGGGAGGUGGGGCGUACUACAUGAUAUCGAGGAGCCUGGGUCCAGAGUUUGGUGGAUCUAUUGGAAUUGUCUUUUCUCUUGCCAAUGCCAUCGCGGCGGCCAUGUACAUCGUGGGAUUUGCAGAGACUGUUCAGUCACUCAUGAUGGAGUUUGACACGACCAUUACGGGGGACCGGAUGCAUGACGUCAGGAUUAUUGGUUGUGCCACGUCAGUUCUUUUGGUGGGGAUAGUGAUCAUUGGCAUGGAGUGGGAGGCCAAAGCACAGAUGGGUCUGCUGGUAAUUCUGACGAUCGCAAUAAUCAACUUCGUCGUGGGAACAUUCAUCCCCCCGACAGAGGAGAAACAGUUGAAAGGAUUCGUGGGAUACAAUGCUGAUGUGUUUUCGGAAAACUUCGGUCCAGCCUUCCGUGACGGCAAUAGUUUCUUCACAGUUUUUUCCAUCUUCUUUCCUGCUGCUACUGGAAUAUUGGCAGGCGCUAACAUAUCUGGUGACCUGAAGAAUCCACAGAAAGCUAUACCGAAGGGUACGUUUCUUGCCAUUUUCUUGACCACCUUAGUAUACUUGGCGAUGCUGUGGAUCGCCGGGUCAUGUAUAAUGCGGGAUGCCGUCGGGCCAGUUGCCAUGGAAAUGAUAGCUAACGUCACAAACAACGUCACCGUCAUCCCCAGCCCAGUUACUGUACCCUCCACCGAAGUCGUCCGACAUUGUGACAUGUUCAACAAAACGUGCGAGUACGGACUGAUGAAUGACAACGGGGCUGUUGGUGUAGCCUCCGCGUUCAGGCCUCUCAUCCUCGCUGGUAUAUUUUCUGCAACCCUUUCCUCUGCUUUAGCCAGUUUGGUCGGGGCUCCUAAAGUGUUUCAGGCUCUCGGAAAGGACAAAUUGUUUCCAUUCAUUGAAUUCUUUGCCAAAGGUUACGGUCGCAGUAGUGAGCCAAGACGUGGUUAUCUCCUCGCCUUUUUCAUCUGUGUGGCAAUGACAUGUAUCGGGGCCCUGGAUCUGAUCGCGCCCAUAAUAUCGAACUUUUUUCUGAUGGCAUACGCUUUGAUUAACUAUUCUUGCUUCGAUGCCUCCAUUGCUGGCUCGCCUGGGUUCCGACCGGCAUUUAGGUUUUACAACAAGUGGACAAGUCUUUUAGGAGCUCUGAUCUGUCUUGCCGUGAUGUUCCUUAUCAACUGGUGGUCAGCAUUAAUCACAUUCGUCUUUGUGUGUUCCCUUUACAUGUAUGUCAAGAUCAAGAAACCAGAUGUAAACUGGGGAUCCUCGACACAGGCUCACGUGUACAGAGAGGCGCUCAAGUCCAGCAUGAAACUCAUCAAAAUGGACGAGCAUGUAAAAAACUUCAGGCCGCAGGUGUUGGUACUCUCGGGAUACCCUCGUAACCGACCCCAACUGAUCGACUUCGUGGCCUGUCUCACCAAGAGGCAGAGUCUGCUCAUGUGUGGUCACAUAUUCAGGGGAGAGUUGUCCGACCAUGUAAAGAACCUAAGGUCGAACGCGGCCUACAAGUGGUUUGAGAGACGCAGUAUUAAGGCUUUCUACAAUAGUGUGGUAACUCCGACACUAAGGAUAGGCGCGCAGGUGUUAAUGCAGGCCGUUGGUAUAGGGAAACUUCGACCCAACACCAUUAUCAUGGGUUACAAAUCUGACUGGCAGAAGGCAGACGGGUACGAGGUGGACGAUUACUACAACAUCAUACAGGAUGCGUUUGAUCUGAACUACGGUGUAGGGAUAUUGCGCGUGCCCGAAGGACUGGACUUGAACAAGGUUCCGGACGAUUGUGUCGGACUGGACGAUGAUAUUGAGUCUGAUCACGAGCAGGACACUGAGCAAGAUAUUCACUUGGAGGUAGAUUCACAAAAAUCCCCUACCAUAUCAACAGGACAUAGUGACAUUCCCGGAGAAAACACCGAAAACGAAAGUUCUUACAAAUUUUUAAAUAGCAAGCCAAAAGUCACUCCACCUAAGAACCACGUGGUACUACAGAGACUUAACACUGUAGAGGAAGGGGCGGAGGAAAACAAUGCCUAUGUACGGGACCAAGGGACACACUUGGGAGAAGAGGAGGAGAGGGAUGAGGCACGCCCCACACACACCACUCUCCUAUCUACACUGUCCUGUGAUUCCAACGCAGAAAGGUUCAGAGAGAAGCAGUACGGCACCAUAGAUGUAUGGUGGCUUUACGACGACGGAGGCCUGACAUUGCUGAUACCUUACAUCCUUUCUACGCGGAGAAAGUGGAAAGACUGCAAACUGAGAGUAUUCUGUGCUGGCACGAAGCAUUCCAAUCCAAACGAAGACCAAAUGAGAAUGGCUUCCCUGCUGGCAAAGUUCCGGAUAGAGUACUCCCAACUGACAGUAAUACCGGACCUGUGGAAGAAGCCGUCUCUCAACAUGUACAAAGAAUUUGAAAGUACAAUUCGUAAAUGGCGGUUACGUGGUGGAGAGUACCCAGAUGAGUUUCCGUGGAAAAUAAGUGAAAGUGAUAUGGUUUCAAACAAGGCAAAGAUAUACCGGAACAUCCGUUUGCGAGAACAGCUACUCAUUCAUUCAACAGAGGCGUCGCUAAUCGUAAUGACUUUGCCUGUGCCGAGGAAGGCUUACUGUCCGGCAGGACUCUAUAUGGGUUGGCUGGAAACACUUACACGUGAUAUGCCACCCAUGUUGUUACUUCGCGGAAACCAACAAAGCGUGCUGACGUACUACUCGUGAAUGUGUUUAGGGUUAGUAACAGAACCUGUGGUUAACAGGUUAGUGCAAACGCAUCCUGUUGUGAAGUUUGUGACAACACAUCCUGCUGAGAAGUGAAAGGAUAGACGUAACCCUCCAAUAUAUGUCGACAGUUCACCAAUUGCUAUGUUGAUGAAUGAGGAUAAUGCAAUAUGGCAUAUUUUUUUGACUGUGUCAUCGUUUGUAAACUUUCAGUCCUGACGUAUUAAUCAUAGGUAUUUAAGGGAAUCUGAUAUCCCUGUGUCGUAGCAUAUCAACAUUAUUAAUCAUAUGGUAUCCAUGACGACACAACGGUUUAAUGUACUCAGGCUUUUGUGUUGAAAUAUGCACUAUAUUGACCUUGGGACGCGGACGUUUGUAUCUUUCUUGAGUUUUGUUGUACAGAGCUUAAACUAAUAACAUGCAACGAGUUACAUCGAUAAUCGAUCAGAGAGUCUAGACAAUCCAAAAUAGCCAAUGGGAUGCAUUCCAGAUGAAAUAGACCAUAACUGGAGAUCACUCUUUUUGUCACACAUGUUUGAAGUAAUUUGCUUAGCACAGCAAUUGUUGCGAAACACAUUUAUAUGAAGAAUGCUUAUUUUAGACGACAACGUCUAUAGUCGGAGUGACCUGUUCAGAUAAGGCGAAUAGUGUAUACGUACGUUGUUCUGCACUGUUUACAUAGUAUAAAUGUUCCGUCUGAACCACUGUUAGGUUUAUAGUCGGUCGUUGACACAAAAGUGACAUUUAUUACGUGCUGAUAUUUGUCUAUGCAUAUAUUAUUUUAUGAUUUACUAAAACACAUCUGAACAGUGUAAAAUAAAUAAUGUGGUAUAGUGUUUGCCCCUCGAAAACUACUAAAUGUUGUUUCAUUGAAGAAAAAAAUAUAUUAACAAAUGAACAUGCUGAAACCACUGAUUACCUCGAUGGUCUUUGGGUAGCUGUACCAACUGUUGUGUUGUUCGUGUACGAAAGACUGAUAAAAUGUAUUCUUUGUGACUGCUAUUCCGAUCUGUGUACUGACGCAUGAAACGAUAUGUUGUUUGAGUGAGCUUUAAUAAUACAACACGCUCAGGACAGUUCUAUCGGCUGGUUCUAUGGACAUGAUAUUGAAGGCCUUUUCUUAACUUGAAGACUUACAUAAUUUAUGAAAACAAUAUACAUGUACAUUUUUAUAUGUUUGCUUUUUAUACGUAUAUAUAUAUAUAUAUAUAUCCAGCUUUAUGUAGAACAUUUUUGCAAUUAGUCAAAAUGCCGUACUCCCCUUCCCCGUUACAAGCAUACAAAGUGACCACCCUCUUGGUUAAUACAUCGAAAGAAACAGGUUAUAGCAAACGGCCUUACACAUAUACGUAACAGUGUAUGAACACACACACACACAAAAACGGAAAAAAAGAAAAUUAGAUAAUAGAGAUUCUAAAAGAUGUAUAUGAUGAGGAAAUGUGUAAUUAGGGUACGAUCUUUUCACAAACCCGAUACAUUUAGUACAUGAUUAACUUUUUUUAUUAUCAUUAGGUUAAUGAUUGGUUCUCGUCAAUUUUACCUUUUUAAUUUUAAACAUAUUGUCAUGCAUUUCCUGCUGCCAUAACUAAAAAUGGCAGAAAAUGAAAAAGAAAAUACGACGAGUAAAGCGAAAAUACCAAUAUGUAAGUUACGCACCUUAGUAACAUGGUCAGUUGUGAUGUUCUAUGGACGUUUAUAAUGCAAAGGUGACGUAAACAUGUUUCGUUCAAAAGUCGUUUCUUUGACAAUUUAACGUGUCAAAAAUUUACAUUAUCUUUAAGACGGCGUUACGCUUAAUGCCAAAGACUUAAAGGUCACUAGCGCUCAGGGUUCAAGUGACACUGCAUCCGCAAACAAGUCAUAGUAUAAUGAGUUUAGCGUCCUAUUAACAGAUGAGGUAUUAUAAGGACGUGCCUCCACGUGCAUUGUUUGAUGCGAUAUUUUAGUGUUGUCUGAAGCCGGCUCAAGAGUGCUACCUAACUGCAAUACCAUGCCAACAGCACUAAGCUGAGGACUCCGCCCGCUUGCAUUAUAUUUACAAUAUAUGGCUAAUUUUCAAGGUAUAUCAAACUUGAGCUCAAAUACUUCAAGACCGAUUUUUCACUUAUUCAGUAGGUAUGAUAAAGAGAUAGACCUGACAGUGUACGGUGUAAAAGGGAGAAACACGCAAGGGCCAAAAUUUCAUCGACCGACGGCUAUUAAGUCUCCUUUGUGACAGUUUCAGGAGGAAGGGGGAUUACUCGUAUAUUUGUAUCAUCAAGAAUUCCAGAUUCAAGAAUUGUCACUGGCUUAUCUCCCUUGAAUAACAUUCGUAUCAUUACUUUAAAGAGUACAUCUAGUGUUUGUUAGUAUUAAGGUGUAUUAACACAAUAAGAAAAACCGGUAGAUAUACCCAAAAAACAACUUAUGGAGAUUAGUUUCUUAAUAAAAAAAAUAUCGUGGA